GCAACCCAAAGCUCGUCUAAACAACAUCAAAAGGUUGCAUCAAGUACAACUAAUCCCGUUUAUAAUAACAGUUCUGAAGAAAAAACACAUUCGGCGGAGAAUCAAGAUAAUAUAGAAUAUGGCGUGAAAACGGAACCACCCGAGAAUCAGCCCAUGCCAACUGAAUCAAACAAUCAAACUCAAAGUGAUGAUGGUGAAACAACUGGUGAACAAAAAGACGUCAAAAUAGAAUCGUUAUCAGAAUCAUGUGGAAAUGUGCUGUCAUCAAACUACGAUGAAAUUAAUGAAGUUCCACGUUUCUCCGAUAAUCCAGUUUUUGGACAUCUGAAUCUUCCGGAAGUGACGAUCUAUGACGCUGUUUUUCAUUCGUUGUCGAAUGUUCAAACCACCGAGAGCUACACACUUCCAAGAGAACUUAGAACAUGGCCAGGAGGAAGAAUUGGAUAUGCUCUCUCAAAAAAUGCUGAAAAGGUUUUGGAACUAGGUUUUCAGGAGUUCGUGCUUCCUAGCUGGAUCUUUGACAGCAACCAUUCCGACGGUGAUACCGACGAUGACAAAGUUAGGAAAACAGGGAAAAAGUCAGGAAGAUCAAAACAAAAAGCACCAAUGGCGCCGCCAAUCAAAAAGAAAAAGAAGAACUAA